CCAUCUUUCCUCUUUUUUCGACGUCGUCAUCGACGAUGGCAGACGCGUCCACCCGUCGUCUCUGUGGCCAAAUCAUCUCAACUCAUUUCGGUCCUCUCACCGCAAAGGUAGCAGAAACCCUAUUGACCAGAGGCCGUCUCACAUUCCCAACCGUGGUUCGAUUCUCUCAACUAAAACCACGAACCGUACGAACCUCUAUCCUAACAUUAAUCCAACACAACUGUCUAUGGCACGCUACAGACGACACCGACGAGGUUCUAGAAUUCAACACAGAAGAAUGUCUGAAUCGGUUAAGCUUUGGUUUCUACGCCUAUCAAGCUCAACUACUUUUUGGUGAUGCGGUAUGUGAGUCAACUUAUUUUUUUCAUACGGGCUGCAAAACAAACCCCACCCGCAUCUCAUUUUUUUUUGCUUUCGCAAUUGUUUUAGGCUUCUGAGAUUAUUCAACUCGUACUGGAUCAUGGUAAACUUCGACCACCCGAUAUAAUGUCCAACUUGGUUCACGAUUCACGAAAAGGGAAUGCGGUCUUCGCACAAGCGCUACACACCCUUGUCUCCAAACGCUAUCUCAAACCUUCCACCACACUUUCACAUAUCUCGCCACGAGACAAGCGUAUCAAGUACGAGGCCGACGAACGCGCGAAGCUCACUGGUCUUCCGACUCCUAAGCAGUUACGCGAAGUCAAAGUGGUGGCAUAUUCCAGACUAAAACGUGAAGAGGAGGAGGCGGAGAAAGUUGGCCUGAAAAGAAAAGCACCAGACACUAUACCCAAACCAAAAAAGCGAAAAUCAACAUCAGCGAUUAACAAGACAGUGGAUGAAACGGUAGUCGAUGAAUCAGUCUAUUUUCGCGUCAACUACGAUCGGUUCAACAUCCAUCUCCGGAACUCUCUAAUCGAACGAGCUGCCAGAGAACGCUUCAACGAUGGUGCAGCCUUAACGAUACGUGCAGCUCUAGAACUUACCCUACCCAACCAAAUGAGUUUGGCGGACGUCAGAUCAGAUCCAAUAUCAAUCUCCAACAUCAUCCAACACCUCAACUCACCCGAAAACGAAGCCACGCUCAUCUCCGGACUGGUUCAUUCUUCAAAACGACCUUCACCCGCAGCGUGUAUCAAAGAAUACAUCGGAAUGCUCGCAUCAGCUGAUAACCCGACACCCGAAGGGAAAGCAUCUGCUUUCCUCACUUUCACCUUAGGCGGCGGCGGCAGCAGCGUUGGAGGCAGCACCAGCCACAACCACAAAAUCCAAGUCGACUUCGAAACCCUCACCCGCCGACUCCGUCUACGUCUCCUGGAAGACAUCACUCUCGAAAAACACGGUCCCCCAGGCCUCCGCAUUCUCCGUCUUCUCCUCUCCCUCCCUGGCUCUCAACCGAAACUAGACGAAAAACAGAUCGCUAAAAACGUGAUGAUGGUAGCGAAAGACGUACGGUCUUUCCUUACUGCGCUUUCGGCAGAUGGGAUAGUGAGUAUAGCUGAAGUACCCAAGACGGCAGAUCGGAAUCCGACGAGGAUGUUUUAUUUGUGGUAUGUGGAUGUUGAGAGAGCUUUGACAGGGGUUUUACAUGGGUUGUAUAAGACGUUGUAUAAUAUUUCGGCGAGGAGGCAGGCAGAGAGGGAGGAUCCGAUGGUGGUUGCGGUGUUGGAGAAGAGAGAACGAAGUGAUGUGAAGGAAGAUGAGGGGCUGUUGAGUGCGAUGGAGAAGGAUACGAUCAGGUUGUGGGAAGAUACGGAAGAGAGGCUAGGGGUGCUGGAGGGGAGAAUUCAGGAAUGCGUGUUCAUUGUAAGAGAACUGGGGAAAGUAGGAGGUAUUUCUGACGAAUAAUGUAGGUUGUCACUUAUGUAGCUCAACGUCGCUUCAUAUCUUUAGCCG